UAGCAUAACCGGCAUAAGAAAUAAGUUUAAAGUGUCUUGUUUAAUGUAAAAUGUCUUCAUUUUGGAUAAUUUGAUAAAUAUGCUUGAUUUAAAAUAAUUUAAAGAAUUCAUAAUUAAAUUUAGCAGAAAGUUAUUUAGAUAUUCCAGUCUGUUUAGCCUCCAUUCAGGAAGUCAGCUGACAAGUCAGCAGACUCAUAAGGCAAACAUGAACGACUUUGCAGUGCUGAACACCGGCAGAAAGAUGCCUCUCGUCGGGUUAGGGACGUGGAAGAGUGAGCCUGGAAAGGUGAAACAAGCAGUAAUAUGGGCACUUCAGGCCGGAUAUCGUCACAUCGACUGCGCUUCUAUUUACGGAAACGAAUCAGAAAUCGGUGAAGCCUUUCAGGAGAUGCUUGGGCCUGACAAAGCCUUGAAACGAGAAGACGUGUUUGUGACCUCCAAACUAUGGAACACAAAGCACCACGCUGAGGACGUGGAGCCAGCGCUGCUCAAGAGUUUAAAGGAGCUGAAGCUGGAGUACCUGGACCUCUACCUCAUUCACUGGCCUUAUGCCUUCCAGCGAGGGGAUGUCACUUUCCCCAGACAGGAAGAUGGGACCUUACUGUACGAUGACAUUGACUACAAAGUGACGUGGGCCGCCAUGGAGAAACUUGUGGAAAAGGGGCUUGUGAGGGCUAUCGGGCUCUCUAACUUCAACAGCAGACAGAUUGAUGAUGUUUUGUCUGUGGCCAGCAUAAAGCCUACUGUUUUGCAGGUGGAGGGUCAUCCUUAUCUAGCCCAGGUGGAACUACUUGCCCACUGCAGGGAAAAGGGCUUAGUGAUGACUGCAUACAGUCCACUUGGCUCUCCAGAUCGAGCCUGGAAGAGACCAGAUGAGCCCGUUGUCUUAGAGGAGCCAGUCAUUGCCGCCCUUGCCAAGAAGUACAACAAAUCUCUUGCACAAAUUAUAAUCAGGUGGCAGACCCAGAGAGGAGUCGUGACCAUCCCUAAGAGUGUUACAGAAUCUCGCAUUAAAGAAAAUAUACAGAUUUUUGAUUUCACUCUGGAGCCUGGUGAGAUGGACAGCAUGACAGCGUUGAACAAAGGCUGGAGAUACAUCGUGCCAACUAUAACUGUUGAUGGCAAGCCUGUACCAAGGGAUGCAGGACAUCCUUACUAUCCUUUUAAUGAUCCUUAUUAAUUCAUAUGUUGUAUGCAGGAUUAUGUGCCUUUCAGUCCGCUUCAACUGGCAGAGCUGUACACAUAACACAAUUUUUUUUUUUAAUUAAUGGGUGCAUUUUUCCCCUCAAAUGCACCCAUUUCUCCAUUUUCAUCUCUCCAUUGUUGGAGUGUGUGUCAAUCUGUAUCUGUCUCUUGUUCCAAAUAAAGUCUUGUGGGAUCCCUGUCCAGAUGCACAACUUAAGUGUCAGCCAAAUGUUCUGUGAAAUUCUGGCAAGGUUUAUAAAAAAAAAAGUACAAAAUUAUAAUAAAAUCAAUAGUUCACCUCC